AUGUGGAAAGCAGUCGUGGGACAUGACGUGUCAGUAAAGGUUGAGGCUCAGGGAGACGACUGGGACACUGACCCUGAUUUCGUGGAGGACAUAGCACAGGAGGAGUUCUGCUCCUCCUGGUGCCAAGGAGCAGUGGCCACGCUUUACAGCCACAGCAUCCAUCAGCUGAGGAACAAGGUAUCAGAGGAACAUGAGGUCAUCAAGAAGAAGGAGCUGGAGACUGGCCCCAAGGCCUCUUAUGGUUAUGGGGGCAAAUUUGGAACAGAGCGGGACCGAAUGGAUAAGUGCGCAGUGGGCCAUGAGUACAUUGCUGAUGUUGGGAAGCACUCCUCGCAGACAGAUGCAGCCCAGGGCUUUGGGGGGAAGUACGGAGUCCAGCGGGACCGAGCUGACAAGUCAGCACUGGGCUUUGAAUACAAGGGUGAGGUGGAGAAACACUCGUCCCAGAAAGAUUACUCCAAGGGCUUUGGUGGCCGAUACGGCGUGGAGAGGGACAAGGUGGACAAAGCGGCAGUGGGAUUCGACUACAAGAGCCAAGCCGAGAAGCAUGACUCUCAGAAAGACUAUUCUGUGGGCUUUGGUGGGAAGUUCGGGGUCCAGAGGGAUCGUCAGGACCAGAGUGCCCUUGGCUGGGACCAUCAGGAGGAAGUGCAACCCCAUGCAUCCCAAACAGACUAUGCCAAGGGGUUUGGAGGCCGUUAUGGGGUCCAGAAGGACAGAGUAGAUAAGAGUGCUGCUGGCUUUAAUGAGAUGGCAGGUCCCACCUCCUCAUAUGAGAAAACAAGACCGGUGGAGGCAGGUGAGACAACUGAGGAGUCCGGCAGCCUGCGGUCACGAUUUGAAAACAUGGCUAAGUCAGCAGAGGAGGAGAGCAGAAGGCAGGCAGAGGAGGACCGGGUGAGGCGACAGACUUGGGAGUACCAAGCAGCUCGGCGAAAGCAGGAAAUCCCACAGAAAGAGAAGGACCACACAGAGGCAGUGCCUGCCACCAUGCCAGCAAGGGUACCUGGGAGUGCUGACCAAGACAGGCCUGCGUCCCAAGGAGAACAGGAGGCAAAAAGGGAUGAUGAGGAAAUACCACCCAUUUUGCCACCAAGGCCAUCAGAUCUGUGUGAAGAGCUGUGCAAGAUCCCCAGCCAGGUUCAGCCCAUCUACAGUGAAAGUUUGGAUGUCAGUGGAGACUAUGAGGAGCUGCCAGAGCCCUCUGACUACUGUGACAGUACCAAUGGAGGUGCUGACUAUGAGGAGCUGCCAGCACCCUCAGGAAGGCUGGAUGCCAUCUAUGACCAUGGAGGAGAUGGAGGUGAGGACUAUGAGGAGAUCCUUCCUGAGGAACCCAGCCAAAGCCAGCCCCACCUGGGGGAAACGGACAAUGUUUAUGAGGUGGAGAGCCCUGGGACCUGUGCACUGGCUCUUUACGAUUACCAAGGAGAUGGAGAUGAUGAGAUUUCUUUUGACCCUGAUGACACAAUCACAAACAUCGAGAUGGUAGAUGAAGGCUGGUGGCGGGGGCAGUGCCGGGGCAAAGUAGGCCUCUUUCCGGCAAAUUAUGUGAAGCUUCUGCAGUGA